GAUAUCUUACUGUCACGUGGAGAGAAGUAUAAGGCGUUCAUGCGACGUGGGUUGGCUUGGAGUCAGCAAUUCUGACUCUGCUUGAGGCGGUUUUGUCGAAGUGGAUUGUUUGAAGACGGCGACGUCGGGCUUCUGACGUCAUACGAACUGGCUGGAGGAGUCUCGUAUAUCAAUCCAUUAGGACGAGCGAGCAAUCGAGUCCCAUACACCUUUGUAGUGGUUCUAAAGAGAAACUUUGGAAGGAAUCUGGUGUAUCGUGAACCCAAGCCAACAUGGCCCAUCUCACGCGGGAAGAAGUGCUUCGGACGGGCGCGCCCGCCCCAGAAUACCGAAAGGCCUAUGAAGCGCGCCCCAUAGACCUCCAGGGGAAAAACAUCUUCGAGACCCGCGCCAACCGCGCAGCGCACCUCCAGAAACUACGCCAUCUGUAUCCGAUCCCGGGUCCUAUUCCUGAUGAAGUUGUCGAGACGAUGCAUGAUGUGCCCACACGAGAUGGCUCGUCUAUCCGUGUCAGGGUCUAUCAGCCUGUGAGGGGCCCGCCGGAUGGAGGAAGCCCGCUGGUUAUGAUGUAUCAUGAGGGAGGGUGGAGCAUGGGCGAUCUUACGGAUGAGGAUCUGAAUUGUAGGAUGUUUGCGCGGGAUUUGGGAUGCGUUUGUGUGAAUGUAGAGUACCGACUCGCCCCCGAGCACAAAUUCCCCACCGGCGUAAACGACUGCUGGGACGCCCUCAAAUGGGCAACCGCCAACGCCCCAACCCUCAAAGCAACACCCACGCGCGGCCUCAUCGUCGGCGGCGCCUCAGCCGGCGGCAACAUCGCCGCCGUCCUUGCCCUCCACUCCCGCGACACCCACCUCUCGCCCCCCAUAACCGGGCAAUAUCUCUGUGUCCCCGCGCUGCUCCCGCACGAAAAGGUCCCCGCGCGCUUCGCCCACCUCUACAAGUCGCGCUUCGAAAGCACAUCCGAUCCCGUGCUCAAGCGCCUCAAUGCGUCCGCUAUCGUUGAGAUCUACGGCCCGGAUAGCAAUUCGCCGCUCUGGGACCCGUUUAAUCAUCCUAAGGGCCAUGCGGGCGCGCCGAAGGCUUUUUUUCAGGUUGGCGGGCUGGAUCCGCUGAGGGAUGAGGCGGUGCUGUAUGAUCGGGUGUUGAGGGAGAGUGGGGUGUUGACGAGGUUUGAGUUGUAUGGUGGGUAUGGGCAUAUGUGGUGGACUAAUUAUCCGACGCUGGACAGUAGUAAGAGGUUUGUGGAGGAUACGUUGAGGGGGAUGAAGUGGCUGCUUGAGGAUUGAGAGCGGUGGGGCGGGUAUUAGUCCCUGGGGUAGAGGAAAACAGAGAGUUUUGCUGCAGACCGUAUCUGCAGAAGAGUGACUCGGUAGAUCGGGU